CUCAGCCGGACUGUCUCUAGUGACCCGGAGCUUUACAACGUUAGCUUGACUGCUAAAUUCAGGCUUUCCAAACCCCUUGCCGUUGGUGUUCAAUAAGAGUUGUACUCCCCUCUUGGCUGUCUUCGUGAGGACAUGUUUCUUCGAGGGGGUUGUUUUGUGCGGCUUGUGUAAUUUACUCCCGAAACUUGCAGCGUCGAAUGUAAAUUGCGUUUAUCGGUGACCGUUAGCCUCCGUGGAGCUGAAGCAGCUAACGACGGAAGCACCAACUUAGGUUGGUGCUUCUGACGUUCAAACCUUUGAAAGUUCGUGGUUUGGUGUUACAGGGCGAGUCCACACUUAGAGACCGCACCUUCUGUGGACAGCUCUCCUAACCGUGUUGUCUACUUGAGGACAGAGAGGUUGGAGACCGUCACAGUGAACCCAAAACCACUGACCCAGGUAUCAAAGGUUAUCUGCCUGAAACCUUAACCUGCUAGGACAUGUAAAGGUUGAAAAGAAGGACUGUGAAAAGGAGAAUCCCAGGUGAGAUGACUGAGAUGAUGAAGGUUGAAGCAGAUGAACCUGGAGGGAUCAGCCGGGAGCCCCCAGUACCUGCUGGGUCGACAUCAGAACUGGAAGAGGAAGCGAAAGACAGCAAAGACAUCAUCUACCAGAUGCUGGUGAUUAAAGAAGAGGUUCCCUGUGCCUGGAGCUCCAGUUUGGACCAGCAGAAGCCAAACUCUAACAAGGAGGCGGCAGUUUGGCUCUGUCAGGAUGGAGAGGUGCUUACUGUGAAAAUUGAAGAUGAAGAGAAGCCUGAGCUAUCAGAACUUUGUCCAUUUGAAACCAAUGACAACAUAGACUCACAAACUCCGAAUAGAAGUUUAUCGAAACAGAUAGAAACAUAUCCUAAUGGAGGGGACUGUGGAGAACCAGAACCAGACAGAAAUGUAGAUCCGUUGGGUUUCUCUACGCGAGACCAAGUAAAAGUUUGGAAACGAGGUAAAAGCUCUGAACUUUCUCUGAAACUUAGGAAUCAGAGUGGAGUUCAAGGCAGAAAGAAAACAUUUGAUUGCAGUUUUUGUGGUAAAAUAUUUAAACAUAGGACUUCCGUUAAAUUACACAUGACAAUUCACAGUGGAAAAUUAGAACAUAGCUGUUAUCUUUGUGGAAAAGGAUUUAGAGAGAAGAGUUCUCUUAAAAAUCACAUGAUGCUCCACACUGGGGAGAAACCAUUUGCAUGUGAUGUUUGCUGUAAAAAAUUUCCUACAAAGACGAAUCUGAAAACUCACAUGAAUGUCCAUUCAGGAGAAAAACCUUUUUCAUGUGAUAUUUGUGGUGCAAUAUUUAAAGUAAAGGAAAGUCUUAUAAACCACAUGUGGAUCCACACCAAAGGAAAACCAUUUGUUUGUAGUGUUUGUAGUAAGGGAUUUUCACGCCAAGGAAUCCUGAACAGACACAUGCGCAUUCACACAGCAGAUAAACAGUUUAUUUGUGGCAUUUGUAGUAAAGGAUUUUCCCGGCAAGGGAAUUUAAAGAGUCACAUGAAUGUUCACACAAGUGAGAAAUCGUUUAUUUGCAGUGUGUGCAGUAAAGGAUUUUCUGAACAUAGGAGCUUAAAUACACACAUGCGUGUUCACACAGGAGAGAAACCAUUUACAUGUGGUGUUUGUAACAAAGGAUUUUCACAACAAGGGAAUCUAAAAAUUCACAUGCGUGUUCACACAAGUGAGAAACCAUUUACGUGUAGUGUUUGCAGUCAAGAGUUUUCUUUAAAAGUUAGUCUAAAAGCUCACAUGUGUGUUCACACAAAAGAGAAACCAUUUAUUUGUAGUAUUUGUAGCAAAAUAUUUUCAUGGAAACAGAGCCUAAAAAAUCACAUGCGUGUUCAUACAGGUGAGAAACCGUUUAUUUGUAGUGUUUGUAGUAAAGGUUUUUCACAGAAAGAAACCCUAAAAAAUCACAUGCGUGUUCAUACAGGUGAGAAACCAUUUUUUUGUGAUGUUUGUAAUAAGGGAUUUUCUCUAAAAGCGAUCCUAAACACUCAUAUGCGCAUUCACACUGGGGAGAAGCCAUUUAUUUGUAGGGUUUGCAGCAAAGAAUUUUCACAGAAAGAGACCCUAAAAAGUCACAUGCGUGUUCACACAGGUGAGAAACCAUUUGUUUGUGACAUUUGCAGUAAAGGAUUUUCUCUAAAAGGGAAUUUAAAAAGUCACAUGCGUGUUCACACAGGCGAGAAACCGUUUACUUGUGAAAUUUGCUUUAAAGGCUUUUUACAAUCCAGAACUCUGAAGACACACAUGGCUGUUCACACCGCCCAAUUUAGCUGUAGUGAGUGUGACAAAAAUUUUGUGAAGGAAAUACAACUGGAACGACACAUGAGACUCCACUCUGAGGAGAGACCAUUUGGUUGUGAUGUCUGUAAAAACAGAUUUAAUUACAAACGCUGUCUUGAAAGACACAUGAAACUCCAUUUAGCAGAGAAACCGUCCAUGUGCGGUGUUUCCUGUGAAGCAUUUUCACAACAUGGAGUUCUGCAGAAACCCAUGAAUAUUCACGAGGACUGCAGUUAAUGAUUCUGACAGUCAACUAAUCUUUUGAAGACUUUCUGGCUGCUCAAUGAUUUUUUUCUGUUUUGUAAUCCACAAUGGCAAAACAUUUUGCUCCACAUUCUCCCUUGUCUGAACAGCUGUGAAUUUCAUCUCAAUUGCCAUUCACUUUCACAAAAAUUGUGAUUGAAUCAAUUUAUAGAUAGAAUCAAAAUGUUGACAAUAUUGGGAAUUGAAUGUAUAUAUUUCUCUUAGGCACUGAUAGAAUAUUUAUCUCAUUAGAAAUAUUUUAAUGAUCAAGAAACAAACUUAAAUUUACCUUAAAGAAAAUUUCCAAAGGUUUCUGGCUGUGGAGGAGUCCUAACUCGAGACGAGGGCUAUCUUUAGAAAGUAGAUUCAUUUCAAAAAGUUUAAUUUUGUAAAUAGCAAAAGGUUUGCAUUUAAAUGGACAUGCCACAUAAUUUUAUCUGUCAACAUGUGUUGACAUGUUUCAUGUGAGGAUACAAAUGACUACAAAGAAAAAGAACCUCAGAAACUGUUAACCAGCUGUCAACUAGCGUUGAGUACCUCUAAUUUAUCAGACUUUGCUUUGUUUGUCCUUUGAAUGUCUGUUGUUUUCAAUUUAUGGUGUUGAAUGCACUUUGAGGGAAACGUUUGAUUAUUAUUAUUAUUUGAGACAUGAAAAAAAGAACAGAAAUGUAUAUUUUAAUUAAAUGUGUCCUCCAAAGUUUUUACCACACCUUGCCAUAGAGUCUUUUUAAACCCAAAUAAAACUGUACUUGGGAAACUGUA